AUGGCAAGAGCUGUGUUUGUUAUUGCUGUUCGUAGAGCUUCUUCGAUUCUCAAAUCGUCACCUUCCAAACCUCUCUUCCUAAGAUCAAUUUUCUCUGUAUCCAAACUCUUUGCUCCACACAACCCAUCGAACCGCUUAAUUGGUCAGGUUUUCCAACUCAAGAACCAAUUUUCUUUCCACCCGAACACUUGCCUCUGCCAAACCCACCAAACUCAUCAUGGGGUUUUCAGAAACUUGAGCCAUGGAACGGUGAAUUUGGUUAUAUCACAAGGGAAACCCAAGUUCGAGAUGCACGAGAUCGAUCCUCCGAAAAAGUUUAGGUGGAAGACCAAGAAGAGGUUUAAGCUACAGAGAAUGAGAGAGAAGCAGGAGAGAAAAGCGGCCAAUAGGAAGGACCCGCGUCGGCUUGGCAUCAAGAGGAAGAAAAGGCAGAAGUUUGCCACUGCUGAGGAGAGGAUCAAGUACAAGCUUGAAAAGGCUAGAAUAAAGGAAGCUUUGCUGAUUGAAAGACUUAAGAGGUAUGAAGUUCCAAAAGUUCAGGGUCCUGAAGUAAAACCAGAUGACUUGACAGGUGAGGAGCGGUUUUAUAUGAAGAAAAUGGCCCAAAAGAAGUCUAAUUAUGCACCAAUUGGCAAACGAGGAAUUUUCGGAGGUGUUAUUCUUAACAUGCAUAUGCAUUGGAAGAAACAUGAAACCGUCAAGGUGAUUUGCAAGCCAUGUAAACCUGGACAAGUACAUGAAUAUGCCCAGGAAAUUGCCAGACUGAGUGGUGGGAUCCCAAUUCAAAUAGUUGGAGAUGACACCAUAGUAUUUUAUCGAGGAAAGAACUAUGUGCAGCCAAAAGUUAUGUCACCUGUAAAUACUUUGUCCAAGAAAAAGGCACUGGAAAAGUUUAAGUACGAGCAAUCUCUCGAGUCUGUGCGGCACUUCAUUGCUAUUGCUGAGAAAGAAUUGGAGCUCUACUACAGGCAUAUUGCACUUUACGGCGACCCAAAUGACAGAAAUCCCUUAAAGCAAAAACUAGAGUCCACUAGUGAUUUCUUUUCCGCGGGUCUCUCAGGGACAGAAGCAGAUUCUUCAAACUCUGAGCUAUCAGAAACUGAUGGUUCUGAACAUGACAACUUAUCACUAAGUGAAUCAGAUUCUGAAGAUGACAAGAUAUAUAGUUCUGAUGAUGAAGCAAGCACCUCGAAGACGCAACUGUCUGAUUUUAAGCAUGAGAGAUUGGAACGUAGACGAGAAAAUUUGAUAUGA